AUGGAUAAUUCUCCUCCUGAUCGUCAAAUAAAAUCAAUUCCAUAUCCGCGAGUUAGCUUAUUAACUGAAGACGAAUUAUUUGAUCCAUCUUCUGGUUUACCAUCUAUAUCAUGUUUAACAAAACAUCUACAAGAAGAAGGUCGUCUUGAUGAAAAAUGUGCUUUGCGUCUCGUUGAACUUGCUCGAAAAAUAUUCGAACGUGAGCCAAAUACAUUAGCUAUUCAAAGACCAUUAACAAUUGUCGGUGAUAUCCAUGGACAAUUUUAUGAUCUUUUAACAGUAUUAGCAGCUGGUGGUGAUCCAGCUAAAACACGCUAUUUAUUUUUGGGUGACUAUGUUGAUAGAGGCCAAUUUGAAUGUGAAUGCAUAUUUUUAUUAUUUGCACUCAAAAUUAAUUAUCCACAAAAUGUUAAUUUACUUCGAGGAAAUCAUGAAACCCGUCAAAUGACAAAAGCCUUUCAAUUUAAGUUAGAAUGUAAAAGAAAAUAUGGAUCAUUAGCAUUUUACGAUGCUUGCAUGCAUGCUUUCGAUGCAUUACCUUUGUGUGCUCUGGUCGAUUCACGUUUUCUAUGCAUGCAUGGUGGAUUGUCACCUGAUAUUCGUACUUUAUCAGACAUUGCAAGUCUUGAUCGUUUUAAAGAAACAUCAUAUUCAGGUCCAUUAUGUGAUUUACUAUGGUGUGAUCCCAGUGAAGAUUUUGAUGAUAUUAAUGAUGAACAACCUGACUUCAAACCAAAUAAGGUCCGUGGAUGUGCACAUUUUUUUUCAUAUUAUGCUUGCCGAGAUUUUUUAUUACGAAAUAAUCUUUUAUGCAUAAUACGUGGUCAUGAAGUUCAAAAAAAUGGUGUUAGAUUUUUUCGAAAAUCAUCUCGUACUAAAUUUCCUGUACUGAUAUCUCUAUUUUCGGCACCAAAUUAUUGUGAUACAUACAAUAAUGUUGCAGCUAUACUUAAAAUUGAUAGUAAUCAACAAAUAUCUGUUGUGCACAUAGAAGCACACUCUCAUCCAUUUGUCUUGCCGAAUUUCGAAAACGGAUUUCAAUUCGGUGAACGAUUUAUUCUUUAUUAUGCUACUCAUCUUCUUUUAUCAAUUUUUAACAUAUAUUCACCAGAAGAAUUAGCUUCUGAAGAUGGUCGUCAAGAUAAAACGGCCAUAGAAUUACUGAAUAAAAAACGACUAAUUGAAACAAUGGAUCACGCUUAUAGUGACUUGAAAAAAACAAAUAAUAUUGCACUUAACCUACGUGGUCUUACACCAUCUUAUAAUUCUUACAAAGAGUUGCUCGCUCGGCCUGAUAUUCAAGCAUUAAUUAAUGAGGCUGAAAAAGGACUUAUCAGCAAUUUCGAUCAAGCUAUUCAGUUAGAUCAAAUAUUUGAGCGACGACCAACGAAUUGA